GAGCGAGCGGCGGGCGGAGCGAGGGGUGGGAGGGCGCGCGCCAGCCAGCAGGCGGGCGAGUAGUGUCUCCAGCGGCAUCGGCUGCGGCCGCGUUUGCCUGAAGCCGAUAGACGGACCGACGGACAGAUCGUCUGGCUGACGGACGCGGGCGCUAGCCGAGUGCUCGGGGCCAGCUUCGGCGAGUGUCGGGGCUUGCAGCGCGCGGAUUCCUAGCCUGCUCGCGGCCACCCCGACUCCGGCGGCCUCGGCGUGCCAGGGGCUGGAGGUGCGGGAGCCGCUCUCCGCCGGUCGGUCCCCGCGCGGCUCAGCCCGGGCCACCAAGCCGCGGCCCCGAGUGGCAUCCCCGAGUCCCCGCUCCUGGCCGGGCUGCUCCGAGCACGCGGGCUGCGGGGCUCCAAACUCGGGCUGCCGGGGCAAGUGUCUUCAUGAACCCAGAGGAUGUCCGGGAAGCACUACAAGGGUCCUGAAGUCAGUUGUUGCAUCAAAUAUUUCAUAUUUGGCUUCAAUGUCAUAUUUUGGUUUUUGGGAAUAGCAUUUCUUGGAAUUGGACUGUGGGCGUGGAAUGAAAAAGGAGUUCUCUCAAACAUCUCUUCCAUCACUGAUCUCGGCGGCUUCGACCCGGUCUGGCUCUUCCUUGUGGUGGGAGGAGUGAUGUUCAUUUUGGGAUUUGCAGGGUGCAUUGGAGCUCUACGGGAAAACACUUUCCUUCUCAAGUUUUUUUCUGUGUUCUUGGGAAUUAUUUUCUUCCUGGAGCUCACUGCCGGAGUUCUGGCGUUUGUUUUCAAAGACUGGAUCAAAGACCAGCUGUAUUUCUUCAUAAACAACAACAUCAGAGCGUACAGGGAUGACAUUGAUUUGCAAAACCUCAUAGACUUCACCCAGGAAUAUUGGCAGUGCUGUGGGGCUUUUGGAGCUGAUGAUUGGAACCUAAAUAUUUACUUCAAUUGCACAGAUUCCAACGCAAGUCGGGAGCGAUGCGGUGUGCCAUUCUCCUGCUGUACUAAGGACCCCGCAGAAGAUGUCAUCAACACUCAGUGUGGCUAUGAUGCCAGGCAAAAACCAGAAGUUGAUCAGCAGAUUGUAAUCUACACGAAAGGCUGUGUGCCCCAGUUUGAGAAGUGGUUGCAGGACAAUUUAACCAUCGUGGCUGGUAUUUUCAUAGGCAUUGCCUUGCUACAGAUUUUUGGGAUAUGCCUGGCCCAGAAUUUGGUUAGUGAUAUUGAAGCUGUCAGGGCUAGCUGGUAGAGCCCCACAACAGCUGCUGUAAGACACUGGACAGACCCAGCCUUCCAGACCCUCCAGCGUGCCCAACCAAAUCCACGCUGCACGGACCCCAGUUACAGAGGCGUCCUGAAAUCCCACCUGAUGGAGCUGCCAAGAACUUCUUUUGGGGGGUAAAACUGGGAAAUGCUGCUUACUGACAGAAGUUUUAAAAAAUAACCAGUAUGAAAGUCGUUGCGCCGUGAAUCUCUACUGUAGCCAUGAAUUUAUGGAUGGUUGGACACUUA